AUGAAGAGUAGUUCAGUUUGCUGUGUGGCCAAGAAUAGGGCUUAUGUUGCAAUGAUCUUCACUCAGUUUGUGUAUGCAGGCAUGGCUUUGUUGUCCAAAGCUGCAAUAGCCAACGGAAUGAACCCCUACGUGUUUGUUGUUUACCGGCAAGCUUUCGCGUCGCUUGCCCUGUCUCCAUUCGCAUUCUUCGACUGUAAACAAGGUGCUCCCUUGUCAUACAACUUGCUGAGCAAAAUCUUUCUUGUUUCCCUAGUUGGGUUAACACUAAGUUCCAAUCUUUACUAUGUUGCAAUCAACUAUACGUCUGCAACAUUUGCUGCAGCCACUACAAACACCAUCCCUGCCAUUACUUUCAUCAUGGCCCUUACAAUCAGGGUGGAAAGCAUUUCCGUGAAGCAUAUGCAUGGGAUUGCCAAGAUUUUGGGUUCUGUUUUGAGCCUUUGUGGGGCAAUAACAUUUGCUUUGGUCAAAGGACCUUCAAUAGCUUUCAUAAAUUGGCAUACCUCAAAUCAGCAGAAUGUUUCUCAUUCAAUAGCAGCACUUCACUCUAAAGGAGAUCAAAUUAAAGGAGUUAUUAUGAUGCUCUCUGCAAACACUGCUUGGUCUUUGUGGCUUAUUUUGCAGGGAUUUAUUGUAAAGGAAUACCCUGCAAAAUUUCGCCUCACUACCCUGCAGUGCUUCUUCAGCUGCAUACAGACGAUUGUUUUGGCUGUCACAGCGGAAAGGAAUCCUUCAGCGUGGAAGCUUGGAUGGGACAUUCAUCUACUUUCUGUGGUUUAUUGUGUAUGCUUUUAUGCCAUCCUUGUGUUUACAUUUAGCUAA